AAUAGCAACGGGAAGCAGCGGUCGGCAAAAUAGACAUGGCGUCGAGCUCGUGGAAGGUUGCGCUGUUCGUUUUGGUAUGUUCUCUACAUAUCUGUUGUGGAGCUGAUCCCCAGCCCGAGCAGAUUCAUAUUUCAGCUACAGAUGUGUUGUCACUUGCAAGAGAACCCACAGAGAUGAUGGUCACAUGGGUGACAUUAGCAUAUACAAACUACACUAUUGUGGAAUACAACAAAGCUGGUUUUCCUCUGACAUUACGAGCGUCUGGUGGUGUUACUAAAUUUACUGACGGCGGAUCAGAACAUCGGGUGUUGUAUAUCCACAGGGUGAAACUGACAGGACUGGUUCCUGGUCAAAGAUAUGGUAUGUAAAUGUACUCAUUGAGUUGUUCAUCUGUACAUCUCUAAAAUCUGUGACUCAAGUCGGAAUAAAAUAAAUUUAGAAUUUGUGAACUUCAAGGAAGUCUUACGAGGACAUAGCAAUCACAUAAAUAUGUCAGCACUGACUAGACUCUCACAUGGCUCACUGCUCAUUGUUAUAAACUCUCUGGUUUUAUCCCAAGCAGGCUUUUUUUUUUUUAAAUAAAUGCACGCUCCUCUUGCAAGCCGGCUUCUUGCUUUAUUGUAGAUGUGAUGGUCUGCAAUCUUUUAAAAAAAUAUGUAAAGGACUGGCGAUGAAGGUUUCAUUAAGGUUUUCAAGAGGAAGGCAAAUUGUUUUCACAGGCAGGUACAACUGUUUGAAUUGAAGAUUUCAAUGCAAGAAAUAAGAAUUCCCAAAGAUGUCAUAUCAGAUGGCAAAGUCAUUCUCACAGCUGGUCAGGUUUCCUAGUGCCCAGCCCUUAAUGACAUCUCUGACUGUGUCUUGAUAUACAAAUUACCUUCAAAUUGUUAGAGACCUUGAAUCAAUAGUUCGCCAGAGUAGGAAAUCAUCAAAUGAAAGAGUUAGCAAUAGUUCAGAAAAGAAUGGUGAAGGAUAGGGAAAGAUUAGGAGUGGCAUAGCUCUCUGCAAGAAAUGCCACCUUUCUAGUAACUGCUUCCACUGCUUCCACUGUUGUCAGAGUUUCAUUUUGUUAUAGGCACCUCUAUUCUAAUAUGCACUCCUUCCAAUAAUUCCCCCCUGCCCCUGUUAACUUUGUCCCAUUGAAGACAUUGACAUGAAGUGUAAAUACUGUCUAAUAAUUAUCUACAAGACAGGGUUAACCCUGCGAUGGACUUGCUAACCAACCGAGGGAAGUAGAAAUAAUCUACUCCCCUAAUGCUACAAAACCAGGAUAAGCGUCACCUCUAUGGACCGUUUAGCUUGAUGCAGAAUUCUUAAAUAAUAUAUCAGACUCAAGAUUGUUUUUCAUUCAAUUUCCUAACACAUUGUUCCUAAGACACACAUGAGUCUUUCAGCCAAU